CUAUAAAAUUUCGCAUUGUUUGAUGCUGGGAGCUUUGGUUCUUCUUACAACUGUCAUUUCCCCCUCCAGUUCUACCAUGGCGGACGAAUCCUGCAAAAAGUGCUCCAAGACGCCGCAACAUAGCUGUGCAAAACACAGCAAAUGCAUUCUGACCGGGGGCAUCUACAAGCCUUCAGGCUGUGACGAGUGCCGCUCCCUGCUUCCUAAGCUGACAGACGCGGAUCCCGCUGAAAGAGAGCGCGCCCGCAAAACGUUCCUCAGCCUCCAGAGCCAAGCCCUCAGCAGGGCACAAAAAUCGAAAUGGCAAGGGGUAGGGCUCCGUUGGGCUUCCGACAGCGACAAAGCCUUCGAUGUCGGCUAUCGCCAAGCUAAACGGCCCCAUUCCAGAGCUCCCUCCGUGGCCUCCAGCUCUUCAGAUAUUUCCCGGUUCAUCUCGGUCAACUGCUGCAGUCCGAUAACACCGGGACAAGCAGAAACCCUCCACUUCCCGCCACCUCCGGGCCAAGCCUUACCGCCGUUCCCGCUACCUACUACACUGUCUGGGGAGGCAUCCGCGGCACUACUUCCCUCCGCGUAUGAAACGGUAGCAGGCACCGUCCACGCCUCGAGGGACGAGGUAAUCGCGCCCGCUUAUGACCCUGCACUUGAACCACCCCUACUUCUCAUCCAGGACGUGGAUCCCUACGAACCACGUAUCCAUCCUGAGCCAGCUAUGGCGACGCCUGCGGCAACGUUACCCGCCUCGGCGGGACGAGAGCCCGCAUCGGCGGGACAAAUUUCCACACCGGCGAGAAAGUCUCCCGCAUCAACGGAACAGAGAAAGGAGGGGACAAAGAUUUCCUCAGCGACAACGCUCCCUGGAACAAUGGCUACGGCAUCAUUUUCGACGGGCAGCGAAACGGGAAACUCCGACGCCGUCUUCGAGAUGUUGCGUUUCAUCUCCGCACGACUGGGCUCAGUGGAAGCUCAUCUGACCGCAGUACAACGGCACCCCGCCACGACCGAGCCUGUGCCAUCGAUCUCGGGCCACAACCCUCAGCGAGAACAACUCUCCUCGCUCGAGGACGCCUCUUCCGGGCGGGAAGACUCCCUCUCCGACGAGGAAGGCCCUCUCUCUAUGGAUGAACUGGGGGACUUCUCUGAAGAGGACGAGUCCUCUCUGCCGGAGGACUCUUACACGGUCCAACAAGCCGCAAGCCAGGGGUGUCCGCCGCUGGUACGCCACCCAGAAGCGCCCCUGAUUGUGCAACCACCGGCUCCACAGGUCGUGCCCCAACAAACGCCCUUUCAGUCCCCACCAAAACCCGCCGCUCUCAACUCGAGCGAGACUAGCAGCGCCCCCAUCAACAUCACCCCGAUCACACGCGCCGAGUCAGAGUCUGAGGAGUCCUCCACGGAGGACGAGAAAUGGUACGUCAUCCCUGACUACGAGGAGGUCCCGAAGUCGAACAACAUUGUGGCGUGGCGCAUUGAGGGCGUACUAUACAAUAGAGCAAGCUUCAAGGCGAAGCAGGUCAGAAACACGAAAUUGUUCAGAUCAGCGAACGACAACGCCGCCAUCACUGGCAAGGAUCUGUUCGCCUCGUAG